AUGAUUUUUAGUCCUUUUCAUUCCAUCUUUCUUCUCUUCCUCAGGUUUUCGUUGUAUUGUCUUUCUUUCUCGUCCACUUUGCUUUUUUUUUUUUCAACAUCCAUCUUCCACACUUUCCUUCUCCCGUUAAAUAUUACUUAUAUUAAUACUUUUGGUGGUUCUUCUUUCUUUCUUUUUUUCUUUCUUUUUUUUUCGAGAUUAAAAUCCUCACUCUCUCUCUUUCUUGCUUGCUUUCUUUCUGUCCGAUUCUUUCUGCCAUGCGUUUCAUUUUUUUUCCUUUGUUUCCUUUUCGCUCCUUUCUUAAUCUUUUCUAAAAUACGUUCUUACUUUCUUUUUUUUUCUUUCUUUAUUUCUAUUGUUAAAAUUUUCUUUCUUUCUUUCUUUCUUUCUUUCUUUCUUUCCUUCUUUCUUUCUUUCUUUCCUUCUUUCUUUCUUUCUGUCAUCCAUAUCUUUUUUCUUUCUUUUAUUUUCGCAUCUUUCUUAAUUUUUCACGAUACUCUAUAUCUUCUUUCUUUUAUUUUCGCUUCUUUCUUAAUUUUUUUCUUUCUUUCUUUCUUUCUUUCUUUCUUUCUUUCUUUCUUUCUUUCCGAUGUUAAAAUUUUCUUUCUUUCUCUCUUUCUUUCUUUGUAUCAUAUUCAAUCUUCUGAAUCCUCCUCCCUCCUUCAGUUUUCUUCUGGAAAAAAUAUCCUUCCCCUCCUUCUCCUCUUUGUUCCUCCUCCUCAAACCACCAUUUCUUCUUCUCCUUCUCCUCCUCCUUCCUUCUUCUUCUUCUUCUUCUUCUUCUUCUUCUUCUUCUUCUUUCUUUUUCUUCUUCUUCCCUUCAGGACGUUUCUUAUUAAAUUUCGAUGA